AUGGCGCGAGGGUGCUUCGCCGCCUGCACCAUCGCGCUCGCCGCCGGCGCCACGCACACGCAGACCAUCGCCAUCGACGGCCUCGUCGUCGACGCGACGUGGGAGACGGGCACGGACCCCAACUUGAUUUGGGCGCCCGUCGACGCCUUCCUCGAGAUCCCCGCCGACGAGCCGACGCGACGGCUGGCGGCGGCGCACUUCUGCGACGAGGCCAAGUGGGAGGACGACGCGUGCGAGGCCACGGUCGCGGCGGCGCUCGCGGCCGCGGCGGCCGCGGGCGAACGCUUCCAGGUCGCGCACUUCGGGUCCUUCCCGCUGGAGCGCGUGAGCGAGGACCACUGGGGCAACCCGCUUGACUACGACGGGGACGCCGCCCUCACGGCCGCCUUCCGGCGCGGGACGGACUUCGCGAGCCGCUGCGCGCCGCGCCGCGCCGCGGACACGCCGGCCGUCCGCGUCGCGGUCGUCGUCACGGGCGAGCUCCGGCUGCUCGACGCGGCGCACCUCGCCAAGUUCCAACGGGACCUGGCGGGCACGACGGUCUUCGUCGCGACGCACGCCAGGUUCGAGGCCGCCGCGCGCGACCUGACGGCCCCGGAGCGCAUAGUCGCGGCGGAUCCCGCGAUCCUCGAAGCCGAGCUCCGCGCGCGCGGCGUCGCGCAGGUCGCCCGGUCGCGCGCCACCUACGCGCCCGGCGAGGCGGCGCAAGCGGCGCGCGACGCCGAACACAACAACACGGAGGUCCACGGCGGGUUCUGGCAGUGGGCGCUCCUGGAUCUCGCGUUGGACGCGUUCUGGGAGGAUCUAGCCGCCUUCGACGUCGUCGUGCGCACGCGCGCGGACCUCGACGAGCACGUGCCCUUCCCCUACGCGGACCUGCGGGCCGCGCCGGGGGCGAUCCACUGCCGGAGCGACUUCGUGUUCUACGGCGGACCGGCGGAGUUUUCGCGCGCGUUCGACGGCGCGAGGGACCGGGCGGAGGCGACGUUCCGGCCGCCGCGCGCGCCCGACGGGUCGCCCCUCUACGAGCCCGUGGACUGGGACCUGGUCCUCGCGUCGGACCUGACGGGCCUCAAGUGGUGGUGGCUCCCGCUGCCCGUCGCGGUCUUCGGCGCCGGCGGCGCCGGCCCGGGCGUCGACGCGCCUCCGCGGACGCCCGUCGAGCUCAAGUCCGCGGCCCGCGACCACCUCGACGCGCUCAGACGGCUGCCGCGCGGCGCGCCGGCGCGCCGCGCCGGCGACGACCCCGCGCUGCGGACGGACUACAUAGAAGCGUUCAACUCCGAGCUGUUCGUGGCUUUCCUCGUCUUCGGCGCGGGCCUCCGCGCCUGCGCGCCGCCGGCGAUAUUGCGCAACUCCCAGGCCACGGAGCUGUCGACGCGGCGCUUCCCCUACGUCCGGGACGCGACGGACGACUCCGACGUCGCCGGCCGGAUCCCGGCGCGGGCCGCGCGGCGGCCGUACCACCGCGAGGCCGCGCCCGUCGACGCCGCCAUCGACGGCGCGGCCGCGGACGCGGAGCGGCUAGUGUCGCCGACGGGCGCAAUUGUCGACGUCUGCGACGCGGAAAACGCCAUGGCCUGGCCCGCGCGCUGCGGCCACGGCGUCGCGGUCAGGCUCGCCGUCGACGACGACGUCGUCGUCGUCACCCCGGAGAACCGGACGCGCGGCGCGCUCGCCGCGGCGGCCGCCGCCGCCGCCGCGGCCGCGGGGGCCGCCGCGGGCGCGGGCUGCGGCGACGGCGACGGCGGCUGCGUCGAGGCCGCGGUGUUGCGCGCGCUCCUCGACGCGAACGCCUCGGCGCCGCCCGACGUCGUCGCGGCGAGGCCGCGCGCCUUCGACGCCGGCGACGCCGCGGGCCUGCGCGCCGCGCUCGCGACGGACGGCUACGCCGUCGUCCGCCGCGCGGCGACGCCGGCGGCGGUCGCGAACAUCACCGCGGACCUCUGGGACUUUCUCGAGGCGCGCGCGCCCGUCGCGCGGACCCGGCCCGCGAGCCUGCGGCGCAUCAGCGAGCCCCGGGGCGCGCUCAGGGUCGCGGGCCUCGCGCACUCGGACGCGCUCUGGUCCGCGCGGUCGGCGACGCGCGUCCGCGACGCCUACGCGAGCCUCUACGGCGACGACGACCUCGUCACGUCCUUCGACGGCGCGUCGGCGCUCCUGUCGGAGACGGCGCGGCGGCCGCGGCCCCUCGCGGGGUCGUUCCUGCACACGGACGGCAACGCGGACGAGAGAGCGAUACAGGGCAUGCUCCUCCUCACGGACCAGACCGCGGCCACGGGCGGCUUCAUGGCCAUCCGGGGGAGCCACGCGGUCCACGACGCCCUCGUGGACCGCCACGGCGACGUGAACGGCGGCUCGUGGCUCAUGCCCGUGCCCAACGGCGACGACGCGCUCCGCGGCCUCGACCGGGUCUUGGUCGAGGCCGACGCGGGCGACCUCGUCCUCUGGGAUUCGAGGCUGGCCCACGCGGUCCACGCGCCCCUGCGCGGGGCCGCGCGGCGCUCGCCCUGGGACAAGGCGGCGGUGUCGCGCCUGUCGGUAUUCGCGUGCAUGGCGCCGGCGGCGGCCGCGACCGUCGCGGAUCUGGAGCGCCGGCUCGACGCCGCGCGGCGCGGCGCCGCGACGGGCCACUGGCCCGUCGGCGGCCGGGCCGUCGCGCUCCCGGACUACGACGGCUACGCGGGCUACGACCGCGCGCCGCCUCGCGCGUUCUCGCGGGUCGAGCUCGAGCUCGUCGUCGGGCGCGCGCGGGCGCGCGAGCUCCUCCUGUCGAGGCGCCUCUAUUUGUAA